UCCAUUUAAUACUAAAAAGUUCGCCUUUAGCCAUCGAAUCUUUGCUAAAGCUAACAGUGCACAGAACUUUCUAUUAAUUUCUCUCCUCUACUCCCGUGUCUCUCGCUGGCUCACCACUCUUGCUGUUUUUCUUUGCUACUGCCGACACUGUAAAUUUCAUGGCCAGAGAGAAGUGAAACAAGGGGAGAGAGCAGAGUUUUCCAUAUGGAAACUGCAAUGUUGUUGAUCUCUGUUUUUCUUCUUUUGUCAGCCAACUGUGUCCAAUCUACCACGAACCCUUUAGAUGUUGAAGUUCUAGUGUUGCUUUAUAGCACUUUGAACAGCCCUUCUCAGCUUUCUGGAUGGAAGUCAAGCGGAGGUGAUCCCUGUGAAGAAUCGUGGAAAGGGAUCUCCUGCUCCGGUUCAGAUGUUGUUUCCAUCGAACUUGCAGGUUUGGGACUUAAUGGUACUCUUGGAUAUCUUCUUUCUAAUCUCCUGUCAUUGAAGAAACUGGAUGUGAGCAACAAUUACAUAAGUGAAAAUAUCCCUUUUCAGCUACCUCCAAAUAUUUCUUAUUUGAAUCUUGCUGAUAACAAAUUUAAUGGAAAUCUUCCAUACUCAAUAUCUAGCUUGGUUUCCCUUGUUUACUUGAAUGUUAGCCAUAAUUUGUUGUCACAAUCAAUUGGGGAUUUGUUUGCCCUUCUUCAAAAUCUCUCUGACUUAGACCUAUCUUUCAAUAUCCUAAGCGGAGAUCUUCCAAUUUCUUUGGGUUUGUUGUCAAACCUUUCUAAUCUUUAUUUGCAAAAUAAUCAGCUUGCGGGUUCAGUAAAUGUUCUUUCCAACCUUGAUUUAAUUAAUUUAGACAUUGCAAAUAAUCACUUCACUGGAUGGAUUCCCCAGAGCUUCCAUUCUAUUCCAAACCUCAGAAUUGAUGGAAACUCCUUUGAGAAUGUUCCUGCUCCUCCGCCACCUCCUUAUACCCCACCACCUCCCCAUUUACCGCAUACUAAUCAUCAUAAUCACAGCGAAGCACCAGCAAAUCCACCAAAUGGUGCCGAUAGGCAGAACACGAGCACUAUCAACAGCAGUAGCAGCAACACUAGAAGUCUGGCUGCAGGUGCUUUAACUGGCAUUGUUGCUGGCUCAGUUGCCUUCGCGUCAUGUGCGGUGCUUGCUACACUUUUCUUCCUUUACAAGUCUAAGAAGGAUAAUCAGAACCAAAAUAAAUUGAGGCACUUUGUGGGAUCUCCUCCUGUUGGCGCACAUAAAGGAGAAUGGAAUCAAUUUUCAGAUUAUAUUUCUUCACAUGUACCAACAGAGUGGAAUUUUCGAACCAAAGAGCCCGUCUCUUCAAAUGUACAAACAAGUUCUGCUCAACAAUAUCUUGUGAACAAAGGGAUUGGAGAUCAUAAACUCAGAAGCUCUCCCUUUUCAACUCAAUUGAAGUCACCACCUUCUAAUAAAAUGACGGGCGAUAAGCUAAGUGGGAAAAGUGGAUCUGCGCGGAUACCAAGAGUACCUAUCACUGCAGCUUAUUAUAGUGUUGCUUCUCUUCAGACUGCAACAAAUAGCUUUAGCCAGGAAUACCUUAUUGGCGAAGGUUCCCUUGGUCGUGUUUAUAGGGCGGAAUUUUCCAAUUUGAAGAUUUUGGCUGUCAAGAAGCUAGAUAGUGCAGCAUUGUUCUUGCGAGAUGAAGAAGAAUUUCUCGAGGCUGUUUCAAACAUAUCGCAUCUGAGACACCCCAACAUUACAGCUCUAGUAGGAUAUUGUGCCGAACAUGGUCAACACCUUUUGGUUUAUGAGCACAUUUCAAAUGGAGCAUUGCAUGACAGGCUGCAUUUUACUGAUGAUAGCAGAACACUUAGUUGGAAUGCUCGCGUAAAAGUUGCGCUUGGCACUGCCAGAGCUCUCGAGUACCUACAUGAAGUAUGCUCGCCGUCUGUUCUACAUAAGAGCUUGAAAUCUGCAAACAUCUUAUUGGAUGAGGAUCUCAAUCCACACUUAUCAGACUGUGGACUAUCUGCAUUAACUCACAAUACUGAAAGACAGCUUUCGACUGAGAUGAUGCCCUCGUUUGGUUACAGCGCACCGGAAUUUGUAAUGUCCGGAAUUUACACGAUAAAGAGUGAUGUUUAUAGCUUUGGUGUGAUGAUGUUAGAGCUAUUAACAGGUCGAAAACCGCUGGACGGUUCUCGAGUUAGAUCAGAACAGUCUCUGGUAAGAUGGGCUAUGCCUCAACUUCAUGAUAUCGAUGCUUUGGCGAAAAUGGUUGAUCCUUCACUCAAUGGAAUAUAUCCUGCAAAAUCACUCUCUCGCUUUGCCGACAUCAUUGCUGUGUGUGUUCAGCCCGAACCCGAGUUCCGACCGCCAAUGUCCGAAGUUGUUCAAGCUUUGGUCCGGCUCAUGCAGAGAACAAGUCUGGUCAGGAGGAGCUCAGCUGAUGAGUUGGGAUUCUCUUACAGGAUUCCAGAGCAUGAAGCAACUCCUGAUAUGUUCUUGUAAGGAAUUUUAUGCUUUGAAGUACAGAAAUGAAAACAAAGGAAACAUACAGAUAACUAAGAAAUAGAUGUGUUGUUUUGUAUGCUUGGAUUAAUCAGCAAUCCAUGGUAGAGUACA